GACUGGCAUUCAAGCCGUCCAAUCAGGAGUUCCGUGGCCCCAGGUUGCCCUCCCGCUGGAGGCUGGAGCAAGAAGGCGUAAGCAGAGGUGGUGGAAAUACGUGAAUUCGAGACACGAAAGUGAUUGGCGGAAGGCACUUCCGGUGAGCAUCUCGAAAGACUUGGGCUCUGCUGGCGCCAAAAUGUCGUUCGUCGCGGGGGUGAUCCGCCGCCUAGACGAGACAGUGGUGAACCGUAUUGCGGCGGGAGAAGUUAUCCAGCGGCCGGCUAAUGCCAUCAAGGAGAUGAUUGAGAACUGUUUAGAUGCAAAAUCCACAAGUAUUCAAGUGGUUGUUAAAGAGGGAGGCCUGAAGCUGAUUCAGAUCCAAGACAACGGCACUGGGAUCAGGAAGGAAGACCUGGACAUUGUGUGUGAGAGGUUCACCACAAGUAAACUGAAGUCCUUUGAGGAUUUAGCCAGUAUUUCUACCUAUGGCUUUCGGGGUGAGGCUUUGGCCAGCAUUAGCCACGUGGCUCACGUUACUAUUACAACCAAAACAGCCGAUGGAAAAUGCGCAUUCAGGGCAAGUUACGCAGAUGGAAAGCUGAAAGCACCUCCUAAACCCUGUGCAGGCAAUCAGGGGACCCAGAUCACGGUGGAGGACCUUUUUUACAACAUAGCCACGAGGAGGAAAGCUUUAAAAAAUCCAAGUGAAGAGUAUGGGAAAAUUGUGGAAGUUGUUGGCAGGUAUUCAAUACACAAUUCAGGCAUUAGUUUCUCAGUCAAAAAACAAGGUGAGACAGUGGCUGACGUUAGAACACUUCCCAACGCCACCACCGUGGACAACAUUCGAUCCAUCUUUGGAAAUGCUGUUAGUCGAGAAUUAAUAGAAGUUGGAUGUGAGGAUAAAACCCUAGCCUUCAAAAUGAAUGGCUACAUAUCCAACGCAAACUACUCGGUGAAGAAGUGCAUCUUCUUACUCUUCAUCAACCAUCGUCUGGUAGAAUCAGCUUCCUUGAGAAAAGCCAUAGAAACGGUGUAUGCAGCAUAUCUGCCCAAAAACACGCACCCGUUCCUGUACCUCAGCUUAGAAAUCAGCCCCCAGAACGUGGAUGUCAACGUGCACCCCACCAAGCAUGAAGUCCACUUCCUGCAUGAGGACAGCAUCCUGGAACGGGUGCAGCAGCACAUUGAGAGCAAGCUCCUCGGCUCCAACUCUUCCAGGACGUACUUCACCCAGACUUUGCUACCAGGACUUGCUGGCCCCUCUGGUGAGGUGGUUAAGUCCACAAUCGGUAUGACCUCCUCUUCUACUUCUAAAAGUGGAGACAAAGUCUACGCCCACCAGAUGGUUCGUACAGAUUCCCGGGAACAGAAACUUGAUGCCUUUCUGCAGCCUGUGAGCAAGGCCGUGUCCAGCCAGCCCCAGGCCCUAGUCCCAGAGGACAGCAGAGAUGGUUCUAGUGGCAGGACCAGGCAGCAAGAUGAAGAGAUGCUCGAACUCCCAGCCCCUGCUGAAGUAGUUGCCAAGAACCAGGGCUUUGAGGAGGAGGCAACAAAGGGCCCUUCGGAAACGACAGAGAAGAGGGGGCCCACCUUGAGUCCAGACGUUCCCAGAAAGAGGCCUCGGGAGGACUCUGAUGUAGAAAUGGUGGAAGACGAGUCUCCAAAGGAAAUAACAGCAGCCUGUGCCCCUCGGAGGAGGAUUAUUAACCUCACCAGCGUUUUGAAUCUCCAGGAAGAAAUUAACGAGCAGGGACAUGAGGCUCUCCGGGAAAUGCUGCACAACCACUCCUUCGUGGGCUGUGUGAACCCACAGUGGGCCCUGGCACAGUACCAGACGAAGCUGUACCUUCUCAACACCACCAAGCUCAGUGAGGAACUCUUCUACCAGAUCCUCAUUUAUGAUUUUGCCAAUUUUGGUGUGCUGAGGUUAUCGGAGCCAGCGCCACUCUUUGACCUUGCAAUGCUCGCGUUAGACAGUCCUGAGAGUGGCUGGACAGAGGACGACGGCCCCAAAGAAGGGCUUGCCGAAUACAUUGUUGAGUUUCUGAAGAAAAAGGCCGAGAUGCUUGCGGACUACUUCUCUUUGGAAAUUGAUGAGGAAGGGAACCUGAUUGGAUUACCCCUUCUGAUUGACAACUAUGUGCCCCCUUUGGAGGGACUACCUAUCUUCAUACUUCGACUGGCCACUGAGGUGAACUGGGAUGAAGAGAAGGACUGCUUUGAAAGCCUCAGUAAGGAAUGUGCUCUGUUUUACUCCAUCCGGCAGCAGUACGUGUGUGAGGGGUCCACGCUCUCCAGCCAGCAGAGUGAAGAGCCUGGCUCUGCUCCAAACCCCUGGAAGUGGACCGUAGAGCACAUUGUCUAUAAAGCCUUCCGCUCACACCUUCUGCCACCGAAACGUUUUACAGAAGAUGGAAACAUCCUGCAGCUUGCUAACCUGCCUGACCUGUACAAAGUCUUUGAGAGGUGCUGAACGUGGCCAUGUGUGGACCAUGGAGUAGGGACGGGGGAGUGUGGACCACGGAGUGUGGACGGGGCAGUGUGGACCAUGGAGUGUGGAUGGGGGAGUGUGGACUGGGGAGUGUGGUGUGGUUGUCUUGUUUCCCAGUGUUGGUAGGACUUAAGGCUGAAGAUUCGCAUUUGCUGUCUUACUAGUUACACACCUUCACCAAGAGUGGACUGUAAAUAAAUUCUCGAGUGUAUCUUAACAUGUUUCUUAGAGACUUAAUUUCAUUACACCUGAAAGUUUUUCUAGUCUGAUUUUCACCUAGCAUAUACUUUAUUGAAGAAUCCCAAGAAGAGUUUGAAGUCCCCCUGGGCAUCUGAUGAGGUAUUGUACAAAACUACCUUAAGAAUUCUAAAAAGGUCAUGAAGCUGUCCUGGAUCAUGUUCCGAUUCAGUUCUUUCUCUAAUGAUAAUUUUAUAAUAUCAGGUGGUAAUCAUUUAUUCUGUAGGUUCAGGCGCAUUGACUAUCAAGAAACUUGGGUUUAUAAUCUGUUAGUAACUCCAGUAACCAAAGGUAAUUAACUUAUUCUUAAUGAAAAAAAUAGAUUUCUAUUUUUGAGGGAAGAAGAUAGUCCUUACCCAGUCUGUAACUGGCUGUGAGAUUUUUAAGUUUGCCACUUUGUUAAUGGCUGUCAAUACUACCAGCUUAAGAUAAAGAAGUUUCUAGAUGAUCUCCUUGAAGUAUGAUAUAAAAUGCAAACAAACUUUAAGUGUCAAAAUAAGAUACCUGAAUGAGAAGCCUGCAUUAACAGAAAUACGGCAUUCAGCACAGGGGAGGAACAAGCCUGUGCUAUUACAAGAUUCAAUGAAGAAAAUUCGUUGGAAAAGAAAACUCUUAGGAUAUGAAGAAGUGAGACCAUUUCACUUCGGAAAUGUGUCCCUGUGGGGGAGAAAGACAUGUUUGUUGUGCCACCGAAGAGGGUAAGACCAGGUUCUGACAGAACUGACAAGAAGUAGAACAGGGCAUCUCAGAAGUGAGAGUCCAUGAGCCUGGGAGGCCGCAGGCUGGGUGACCAUGAGUGGGGAACAGGAAGACGGGCUGCUAGGGCCUCAGGAGCAGCCCCACACAGUAUGUUGGAUCCAGAUACGGGAUUCUAGGAUAAAUCUGCUUUUAAGACAAUUCCCCUCACAUCCAGCAAUCCACCCACCCACCUGUUGCUAUUUCUAGAAACAAAACUUACAGGAAAUCAUCUCAAUUCAGAAGAUUGGUCUCUGUCAUGGACUGAAUUGUGUCCCCAAAAAACGUGUGUUAUCAGUUUGGCUGGGCCAUGAUUCCUGGUAUUGUGU